AUGAGACAUCAAUAUAAAAAUUCUGAAGAUCACUUGAAUAAUUUGAGAGAUUGGUAUCAAAGAAGAAGCGCAGAUUUCAAAUCAUUUAAAUAUUUGGAAAACAAAAAGAGGCAAUCUUUUACAAAUAAUUUAAUAAAUGAAAAUGAAAAAUUGAAAAGAAGUUUGGAAAUUGAAAAUUUAAAUUUUUUAAAAGAAUUUGAGAAUAAAAUUAAUUUAAUUAAUAAAUAUAAAUAUCAACAAAAACAACAGCAACAAAAAAUUAUACAAAAUGAGGAAUUUAUAUUUAAUAAAAAUAAGGAUUUAUAUACAAGGUUUGUUUUUUUUGUUAUUUUCUUCAUAAAAGGGAUUUUCGGAUUAACAGGUCCACAUUUUUUCGUACUCAUUAUAAAAUCCUCUUUAUUUUGCGGAUUUUUCAAAAAUAUUUUGGUUGCUCAAAACCUUCAGGUUCUCUAGUUUCUAAUCUCUGGAAGGGGUUUGUGAAGUUCGCACAAUUUUGCGGACUUUUUUUUAUUCUGAAUCUU